AUGUCUCAAUCCUUGAAGCCAUAUUUGACUGCAGUGAGGACAUCAUUGACGGCGGCCAUUUGCUUGGAAGAUUUUUCCUCGCAACUUGUGGAAAGACAUAAUCGUCCGGAAAUCGAGGUCGACAACAGCCACAACCCAGAGCUUAUCCUUAAUCCUGUCACUAUUUGCAGAAAUGAGAACGAGAGAAUCUUAAUCGAGCCUUCCAUCAAUUCCGUAAGAGUUUCAAUCAAAAUCAAACAGGCGGACGAGAUUGAGCAGAUAUUGGUGCACCAGUUCACUCGCUUCUUGACUCAAAGAGCUGAGAAUUUCUUCAUAUUGAGGCGAGUGCCCAUAAAAGGAUACGACAUAUCGUUUUUGAUCACAAACUUCCACACAGAGCAGAUGUUGAAAGAUAAGUUGGUGGAUUUUAUCAUUGAGUUCAUGGAAGAGGUGGACAAGGAAAUCAGUGAAAUGAAAUUGUUUUUGAACGCUCGUGCUAGAGUAAUCGCUGAAAGCUACUUGACCCCAUUUGAUUAG